AUGCGCUUUACUACUGCUUUCCUGAUGCUCGCCACCACUAUUGGUGGUGUCGCCGCCGCGCCCAGCGCUGAGCCCGUCGAAGUCCAGGCAAGAGAAGCGGGCGUCGACAUCAAAAUUUGCAACGACACCAACUUGGGAGGAGACUGUGUUGAUGCUACCGUUUACGCUCAGCAUGAUUGCUAUUCCUUGAACGGCAGUCCCGUCAACCAGAAUGUCAAGUCGGUCAGCAUUCCCAACGGCUACCGCUGUCGCUUUUGGAGCUCCACCGUCUGCAAUGGCGGCGGUACUGGCGAUAUCCAAGCCCCCGGCAACAGCAACAUUGGCUCUGACAAAGUUAGCUCUGUCAAGUGCUACGCCAACUAA